CCCGCCAACGGGAGAAGAUCCGCAGGGCAAAUCAGGAAAUAUGUAAACUCGUCGUCGUCCGCUUGGUUUGCCCCAAAUCGCCGUAGCUUUCUAUCACCCAUCCAUCGCCAAAAUCGCCAUAAAAUCCACGAACCGGGGAGACCAGAAUCGAGAUUGAAUUCGAACGUAUUCGCAAUCAAUCUCUCUCUCUAUCUCGGCGGGCGAUCGCGCCAUUUGAUUGCUUGUAAGCGUUUGCGUAUAUGAAAGAGUAUGGAGCGGAACGGGUCGUGGUUGAGGGUGAUGGUUCUGGCAUGCUUGAUUGCCGCAAGCGGGGCGAGAGAACUUAGAGUGAGGUCCAAGGCUUAUAAAGCUGUUUACAAUCACACUCUUGCCACGAUAUUGGUGGAAUAUGCAUCUGCUGUUUACAUGUCAGAUUUGACGGAACUCAUUAGUUGGACAUGUUCUAGAUGUGAUGGAAAGACCAAGGGGUUCGAAGUCAUUGAACUGAUAGUUGAUGUUCAGCACUGCUUACAGGCAUAUGUUGGGGUGGCCAAGGACCUUAAUGCUAUGGUUAUAGCUUUCAGAGGAACUCAAGAACAUAGCAUACAGAAUUGGGUUGAAGAUCUCUAUUGGAAGCAGCUUGACAUAAAUUACCCUGGCAUGCCUGGUGCCAUGGUUCAUCAUGGAUUUUAUUAUGCUUAUCACAAUACGACAAUUCGACCUGGUAUUUUGGAUGCUGUUAUGAGAGCCAAGGAUUUAUAUGGAGACAUCAACGUUAUGGUGACAGGGCAUUCUAUGGGAGGGGCUAUGGCAUCCUUCUGCGGACUUGAUCUUGUGGUCAAUCAUGAAGCCCGAAAUGGUCAGGUUUUAACAUUUGGACAACCUCGUAUUGGCAAUGCAGCAUUUGCGUCUUACUACAGUGACCUCGUGCCACAUUCAAUACGUAUUACUAAUGGACAUGAUAUUGUGCCUCAUUUGCCUCCAUACUAUCCUCGGUUCCCACAGAAGACCUACCAUCACUUCCCUAGAGAGGUAUGGCUGUACAAUAUAGGAUUUGGUAGUCUGGUUUAUCAGGUUGAGAAAGUUUGUGAUAGCUCUGGAGAAGAUCCAUCAUGCAGCAGAUCGGUAACUGGCAACAGCAUCGCGGACCAUGUAGUCUACUAUGGUGUGGGAUUAAUGGCUGAAACGUGGAGAUCGUGCAAAAUCGUCACGGACCCACGAUUGAAGGAAUAUGGAGGUGAAGAUGUCAAUGGAAAUCUAAUGCUUUCCAGGAAUCCUUCUGCUGCUGCAUUGAGGCUGCCUUCAGACUCCGAUGCCAACAGCAACUUCAGUUAAAAUGCUCCUGGGUCAGCACCUGGUUUCUCAAAGAUCAUCAGGGACCUCUGUGAUGACGGCCGUGAAAUGCAUUCAAUCGAUCUGUUGUCCAUAUCCAUCACAAGAUGCAUAAGAGCUCUCUACUCAAAUUCACUCUCAAUGUAAAUAGCGCGAAGUUGAACGAGUAGUACUUGUAAAUA